GUGUGAACGCAGACAGCUGAGGAUGGAGCAGAGCAGAGAGGGAGAAGCUCUCUCACACCGCCGUCAGACACCUCUGAAAUACCGCGUCAACAAUUGAGGACCUGCCUGUAAUUUAAACCCGGACUGCGGCUCCCUCACCUUUUGUACUAUUCUCUCAGUUGACAUCUUCGCACCGGUCCACUCCAUUUCAUCUGUCUGUGAACACACCGGCUCGUUGGACGGACUGUCAGCGGGGAAAGCGAAGGGGAAAAGCCCGUUAAAACCCCUCUAAAUACACACCUUCCUGCCGGACCGCGCGGUCAAUAUGGACGAGGACAACCACGUUCCUGAGGAUCUGUCCCUGGAGGAGAGCGAUGAGCUUUCAAACAUCCGACGCAGGAAGAGAGAGCUGCUCGAUGAUAUUGAGAGGUUGAAGUUUGAGAUAGCGGAGGUCAUGACGGAGAUUGAGCAGCUGACGUGUGUUGGAGAAAGUAAAACAACCCAGAGAAACAAACAGAUCGCCAUGGGCAGGAAGAAGUUCAACAUGGACCCAAAGAAGGGAAUCCAGUUCCUGCUGGAGAACGACCUCCUCCAGCACACCCCUGAAGACAUCGCCCAGUUCCUCUACAAAGGCGAGGGCCUCAACAAGACCGUCAUCGGGGAUUACUUGGGCGAGCGGGAUGACUUCAACCUCAAGGUGCUGCAGGCUUUUGUGGAGCUGCAUGAGUUUGCGGAUCUCAAUCUCGUCCAAGCACUCCGCCAGUUCCUGUGGAGUUUCCGUUUGCCAGGUGAAGCCCAGAAGAUCGACCGCAUGAUGGAGGCGUUUGCCUCGCGGUACUGCCAGUGCAACCCCGGAGUCUUCCAGUCGACAGAUACCUGCUACGUGCUGUCGUUUGCUAUCAUCAUGCUGAACACCAGCCUCCACAACCCCAACGUCAGAGACAAGCCGCCCGUGGAACGCUUCAUCUCCAUGAACAGAGGCAUCAACGAAGGAGGAGAUCUGCCAGAGGAGCUUCUCAGGAACCUUUACGACAGCAUCAAAAACGAGCCCUUCAAAAUCCCCGAAGAUGACGGGAACGAUCUGACGCACACGUUCUUCAACCCCGACAGAGAAGGAUGGCUCUUGAAGCUCGGCGGCCGGGUGAAGACGUGGAAGAGACGGUGGUUCAUCCUGACCGACAACUGCCUCUAUUACUUUGAAUACACAACCGAUAAAGAGCCUCGUGGGAUUAUUCCUCUGGAAAACCUCAGCAUCAGAGAGGUGGACGAGCCCCGGAAACCUAACUGCUUCGAGCUCUACAACCCCGGCCACAAAGGUCAGGUGAUCAAGGCCUGCAAGACGGAGGCGGACGGGCGAGUUGUCGAGGGCAACCACGUGGUGUACAGGAUAUCGGCCCCCACGCCGGAGGAGAAGGAGGAGUGGAUCAAAUCCAUCAAAGCAAGCAUCAGCAGGGAUCCCUUCUACGACAUGCUGGCCACCAGGAAGCGGAGGAUAGCCAACAAGAAAUGAUGAGCGUGCGCCUUCGACCACACCCGCAUCGCCACCGCGCCUGUGACCAGCAGAGUCCCAGCAUGUGCAUGUGUGCGUUGCGUCUCGGGGGGGGGGGGCCGUGAAGCCCCUCUCCUUUUUGUUUUUCCGGUCUGGAGGAUGAGCAGCAGACACAGGUUGGGAGUUCUUCUAGUUCAUUUCCACCCGAAGAUCGUCAAGCGCCUCAGUUCUUGGCCCUGGACACUGAUGUUCGUUUUUUGGGGUGCAAAAAAACAACUAGAAAAUAAAACAAAUGGACAAACGAAUGAGCCUGUGACUGGAAUCGUGGCAAAUCUUUGCGACGUGUGGCUGUGACGAGAUUGCCCUCUGCUGGACAAACAAGGAGCUAAAUCUACGGGAGGAUUUGAAUCCUGAAUAUUCCUCCUCCUCCUCAUAUGGCAUCCUUCAUCCAGACCUGCUUGUCAACAGUUUGUCUUCAACCGAAAUGUCCUUCUGUCAACAACAUAAGUUGUAGUAUCCUGGAACUACAGAAAGCCUCAAUCUCAUAAAUCAGCUGGUCUGAUUUUAAGCUCUCAAGUGACUGUAUCUGUAUAUGCAACCGCAGAUUUCUUCUACACUCAAACUUCAUUGAACGCCCUCAUUUCCUCUUUGAAGGCAACACAAUUGAUGCAAGUUGAGGAAUACUUCACAUAUAUCGAGUGUAAUGAACCUUUUGUGUGAGCAGUUUUAAAAAGCUAUAAACAUCCAAUAUUGAUUCUGUAAACGGUCAUUUUAUGUAUUGAAGAUCCACCUCUGUGUUCAAGUUUCUUUUGUAUUUAUUUUUCUUGAUUUGUUUAACAAAAAAAGACGCAGCCCCCAAUUUACAUGAUGCAUGUAUAGAAUAUAUUGUACAUACUGUUUUCUUUUCUCCCUUCUUUGUUGUGUUUAUGUAGCAUGUAAAUCAUAAGGGCCGUAGCCGAUACCCGUUCACCUUUUUAGUUUAACAGCUUUACAAUAGUGGAAGAGGGACUUUGAGGAGCUUCUUUUUUUUUUUGCAGAGCAGUGAACCCUCCUCACACCGUUAUUACUGAAGAUCAGAGAAUACAUGAAGUUUUAUGAAAUACAAACUCACUAUGCUAAAUUGGACAAGAGAGUAUAUAGAAGAUAGGCGGGUGUAACACACCCUUGAAAAGGUUUAAACAAAAGAGAUGCUGGAUACUUUUCACAACUUGUGAAUGCUGACUGGAAUCUGAGGACUGCUUUCCCCAAACAGAUCAAGAACAAGGCGGCCUAAUAUUUCAUUAGUAGGAGUUGUGAGAUUUAAACAUGACAUGAUCUUAGUUUGGGAAAACUGCUCCUGAAUACUUUGAAUAAAAUGACAUGCUGAUCAGAAAA